AUUCAAUUCCAUUCCAUUCCAUUCCAUGGAGUCUUCUCUUUGGCUUUGCAAUUUGUUGAUUGUUUUUGGUCAACUACUCAGACCCAGAAGAGGAAACCGACAUAAUGAGUACAGGGGAAAGAAUUGAUAAACACUAGAUAAUGCAAGGAUUUGUAGCUGAAACAGAGGCCCAGAAUGACGUAGUAACUGAGUUCAACCUUCAUCUUCAUCCUCAUUUCAAUGGCAGAUUCUAAGUUUUCUCUGUUCUUUCUCUUCCUUUUUGUGUUUCUCACUGUUUCGGAAGGUAAAUUUCCGCCAUUGAUUAAGGGGGAGAAGGUGCAGAAAGACGAUAAGCAGCCAUUUAUUGGGGUUAAUAUUGGGAGUGACGUGUCGAAUCUAUUAUCGCCUUCAGACUUGGUUUCUUUCUUGCAUUUUCAGAAAAUUACUCACAUUAGGCUUUACGAUACGAACCCUGAUAUUCUCAAAGCCCUAAGCGGGUCGAAAAUUCGAGUCAUAAUCAGUGUACCCAACAACCAACUUCUUGCAAUUGGGUUUUCGAAUACCACCGCCGCCGCAUGGAUCGACCGGAAUGUGGUGGCGUACUACCCUCAGACACUAAUUUCCGGCAUUUCCGUCGGCGAUGAGGUUUUAACCACUAUCCCCUCUGCUUCCCCUUUGUUACUUCCUGCUAUUGAAUCCCUUUACAAUGCCCUAGUUGCUGCAAAUCUUCAUACCCAAAUCACCGUUUCCACUCCACACGCGGCUUCGAUUAUUCUCGACCCAUUUCCGCCAUCGCAGGCUUUCUUCAACCAAAGCCUGGUUCAGUUCAUACUUCCUCUGCUUCAGUUCCUUUCGAGAACUGGGUCGCCAUUGAUGAUGAAUUUUUACCCUUAUUAUGUUUUUAUGCAAAACAAAGGAGUUGUUCCUCUUGAUAAUGCGUUAUUCAAGCCCUUGGUUCCAUCUAAAGAAAUGGUCGAUCCCAAUACUCUGCUUCAUUACACCAAUGUCCUCGACGCCAUGAUUGACUCUGCUUAUUUCUCGAUGAAGAAUCUCAAUAUCACAGACGUUAUGGUUCUCGUUACUGAAAGUGGGUGGCCUUCGAAGGGCGAUUCGAAAGAGCCGUACGCCACAAUCAACAACGCCGACAAUUUCAAUUCGAAUCUAAUAAAGCAUAUUCUUGACCGGAGUGGAACCCCAUUUCACCCUGAAAUCACUUCAAGUGUGUAUAUCUAUGAGCUGUUCAAUGAGGAUUUACGGUCUCCGCCGUUGUCGGAGGCGAAUUGGGGGCUGUUUUACGGCAACUCCACGCCGGUUUAUUUGCUUCAUGUAUCAGGAAGUGGGACGUUUUUGGCUAAUGAUACGACGAAUCAGACUUAUUGUAUUGCCAUGGAUGAGUUUGAUGCAAAGACAUUGCAAACGGCUUUAGAUUGGGCUUGUGGACCUGGAAAAGCUAAUUGUACAGAGAUUCUGCCUGGUGAGGUUUGUUAUCAGCCUAAUAAUGUGAAAAAUCAUGCUUCUUAUGCAUUUGAUAGCUAUUACCAGAAAGAAGGGAAAACUGCUGGAUCUUGUGAUUUCAAGGGUCUGGCUAUGAUCACCACCACUGACCCAAGUCAUGGGAGCUGUAUAUUUCCUGGAAGUAAGAAAGUUAAAAAUAAUACUAAAGAGAGAGUGAACUCAACACAAAUCCCUCAAGCCAGUGGAGUGGCAGCUCAGAGAUUGAAAUUGAUGAGUGGAAUAUUGGAGAAAGGACCCCAUACUUUUUUGCUUGCAGUUUUCUCAUUCUUUCUCUUCUCACUCCUUUGAUGGCUCCAUGGUGGGGGGAGGCUGAUGUAGAAAAUAAUUAUUAUUAUUAAAAAAAAAAAAAAAGGGCUUUAUAUAUUAUAUAUUUAUAUAUUUAUUUUUGAAAUGUAAUAUUUUUAUGAAGGGGUAGAGUUGAAAUUCAUUUUGGGAGAUUCUUGGAAAGGCCUCUUUCUUUCCUUUUGGUAGAUUCAGGAUUUUGUUUAUUCAAAUUGUCAACAUAAAAAUGGGAAGUUGAAAUUUUCAUAA